CCAGCCCCAGCCCCAGCCCCAGCCCCAGCCCCAGCGCGGCCGCCCAGCGCCUGUUCAUCGCGUGCGUGGCCGAGGAGACGCGGCUGCCGGUGUACAGCACGUACGAGGACUACGCCGAGAUGGCGUCGCAGUUCGGCCGCGUGGCGUUCUUCUCGGCCGCGUGGCCGCUGGCGCCGCUGGCCGCGUUCGUCAACAACUGGUUCGAGCUGCGCGGCGACGCCGCCAAGAUUGCCGGCGCCACGCAGCGGCCGAUCCCGCGCCGUGUCGACACCAUCGGCCCGUGGCUGGGCGCCCUGCGGCUGAUGUGCUGGCUGUCGUCCAUCACCAACGCGCUGCUGGUCUACCAGUUCCACGCGCCGCCCGGCCUGGCAGCGCAUGCCAAGGACGCCGACGCCGCGGCAAUGCGCCGCUACGGCCGCACGGGGCUGGCGGCCGCGCUGGUCGUGCUGCUGUUCGCCGAGCAUGCCUUCCUGGCCGUGCGCUGGCUCAUCACGCGCGUCAUGGCCUCGUGGCCCGGCGCGUACACGCGCAUCGUCGAGCGCUCGCAGGCCCAGUCGCGCCGCCGCUGGCUGGAGCGUGCGCCACAGCUCGUGCGCGGCAUGGCGCUUGACAGCAACGACGCCAACGACCCCGACCCCGCCAGCGACCCCGGCCCCGACAACGGCACCGGCGCCGAUGCUGCCGGCAACUGGCGCGCCGAGCUCGAGCACGGCAUGCAGGCCAUUGGCGACGCCUUCAAGGCCCAGUAAAGGGCGCCACUGUAGAUCCUGCCUUUUAGACUAGCAACAAUCGGAAUCCGCAAUCAACUUCAAUCAACUUCAACUCCAA